AUGGCACGUGCGCAUGUCAAGCUGAUAGCUGCGCACCCAUCGCUCAGUAGUGAUACCGCCAUCACGACGCUCCUGAAUGUCGAGCUCCGUAACAAUGACAAGACCCAGACACCCAUUUUGGUCAAACUCGGCACCACAGAAGAGCUGGAUGGCCAAAUUGUAGACCUCCUGUGCCCGUAUGGCGCCACGCUGGCGCGCUACGUCGCCCGCGAGUGGAACGAUAUUUCUGCUUACGUCCUUGCGAAGAGCAGCGACCCCGACGGCCUUGUCAAAGAAUGGCCUACAACCAAUGCCGUGGACUGCUUCGCUUUCCAUCCAUUCGCAAAGGUUCUUUGCAGCCUAUUGCCGAGUGUUGUCCAAGCAGUUCUGGAGGCUCGUGAUGCUGUUGAGCCUGACUACCAUUUGCCGCAUCUGCUAGAAGCACUCGAGCAGGAUUGGGGUAAGGCGGAGUUCAUGAUCAUUAGCUUUAUGUUCCAGGUAUACAUGGAUAUACACUGCAACAUGGAAAAGGUCAAGCCAGAUGUGUGUACAAUUUUGACAGCUAUGAGCAGCAGGACCAAGCUGGUCAUGAAUAGGUAUCGCGAUUUCAGCGCCACAUCAUCUACACCACUGGUCGAUAUCUAUCUGGGUCCCGGGAUGUCGAGGUUGGCCAAAGAGGAUUUCGCAAUGGUCGAGACUAUGAGAAAUGCAGCAAAUGUAACAAAAGAACAGCUUGCACCGUCAUGGAUAGGCGGAAAGCCUAUCAAGCUGUGGCGAGACAUGCCUGCGCUCGCUCUCCAAGAGAUCGACCACCAUCAGAUGCGAACAUGUCCCACCGGACUGAGGGUUGCCAACGAAGGCUCCGUGGUUGUCGCGAUGGGGUACGUCUAUCGCGCUGCCCAGCACGCUGGAACUCUAGGUAUUGCCUGGCGAGAUAUGGAUUGGCUCUUGUCGCAUCACGGGGCAGACAGGUCGUUGGUCGAGGAUGUCAAACCUGGCGAAAGCAUUGCGGUCUUCCUCCGCCGGUAUGCGAUCGCCUUAGGCGCUCCUGUUUCAAUGUUUGCCGAUCCCAAGACCCGAACGAAUCUACACAGCAUCCGCUGCAGGAAGUCAAGAACGUUCGACACUACGUCGCGCUUCUUUCAAGUCGCGCGGGACACAGUGAACGCUGACUUGGCUGUUGGUAGAAGGACGGGAGGUUGGAUUGAGGUCACACUUCAAAAGAUCUUCGCGGAGAAGCAAGAACAGGAAGCCCUGAGUCGUGGUCGCCGGAAGGCAGACAAGUCUUCCGCUACCACCCACCUCGAUCUGCUGCGGCUGUUCAAAUCGCUGAGAGCGGAUGCAGAGAAAGAGCUGGGCUUCGAUUACAUUUCUUUCUGGAUCGAUCUGGCGGAGCUGUUCGCCAAGAUGCGAGCUGAGACAGCAGAGCAAUUGAAUCACUUCGAAAGCACGAAGUACAACGUAGACGGACUCCUGGCAGCGCCUAUCCUGGCAGCAGCGCUCGAUGCCGAGAUAGCCAGCCUCCCUAUGGAAUCUAGCACGCUUGGCACAGUCGGACGCAUACUGCAGCAGCAUAUCGCCAAGAAGGGUGCCGUCUACACAACAGCCGCGCAGGCAUUAAUUGAAGGCCGCGUUCCUGAGCUGUGGGCGGAGGAGGUCGAGUCUCCGGCAGACAAAAGAGAUUCUGAUCAAGGAUCAGACCAGGCCAUUGAGCAGAUCAGCUCUCCGUUUGAGACGCGCACUGAGAUCGUCAAUCACCAGGCUACAGUAGAGGAUGUUGAGGAUGCCGGAGACAAGGUCGAGAGCGAUGAUCCAGAUGGCUGCUCCAGAAUCUGA